CAAUUUCUUGUUGAUUGCGUUCGUCCUCUUCAACCCGUCUCAACAAUUUCCGAUCUUUUUCCAGGUAAAAAAUGUAACUUGAAUUCAAUGCUUGCGGAAUUUCUCUCACUUUGCCGGAUUCUGGAUUUGCUUUCGCCAAUGCGGCGGUUUCUUGAAUUUAGCUUCGCACCUCCGCAAUUUGUUUGAAGAUAUGGCAAUGAAGUUAGGGUUUUAGAGGUUUUUGAAUUAAGGAAGUAACAUUAUGACUGAAGAAGUUGUUCCAGUUAUGUGCUAUCAUGGCGGAAGAAUCGUGAUGCAUGGUCGUAAACCUGAGUAUAAUGGAGGUUCUAUGGAGGGCAUUCUGAUAAACAAGUCAACUUUAUACCCUGAUUUAUUGAAGAAGAUGAAUGAAUUAACUGCUACUGACCCUAAAAAAUUCAAGUUGAUCAUGAAGUGUAGGUUUCCUACAAGCGGAUCGGAUUAUGUAGCUUUAGAGGUAAAGGAUGAAAUGACAACUAAAAUGAUGUUUGGAUUGUAUCCCCGGGUUUAUAGUUUGGAAUUAUUUCUGGAUUGCUUCAGAAUUAAUGAAAGUGCUGAACUUGAAGAAAGAAUAGUAAGAGAACCAAUGGAAAUGAGAGCUGAAGGUGGUGAUUCUCUUAGUUCUUCAAUGCAUGGUACAAAUAAGGACACUGUGACCAGCAACUCAAACCACUUACUCGAUAAUGCUUCUCAACCCAGGAUACCUACCUGUGAUAUCCCUGGUAGGACUACACGCAGCAAAACUAGAUGCUUGACCAAGUUGGGAGCAACGGGCCCUAUUUGUGGUUUAAAAUUUCCAUUUGCUGAAGCAAUUGCAAAGGAUGGAAAUCAUACAACCGAUCCCAUUGAAGUUGAGAAUAUGGAGGUGGAUUCAAAAGACAAUGGAUCAGAUUGGAAGAUCUCUGAUGAAGAAGAUGCUGAAGAUGAAGAUGAAGAUGAUUUGGUUAGUGAUUCGAUCAUAAGAUACACUUGUCGAGGCUUCGAGGACGAUCCUGCAUCUGGCGAUCGAUUACUACAUGAAGGUAAAAUGUUCAAAGAUAAGGAGGCUUUGAAGCAAUCACUACAGGAGUACUCUAUUAGAAGACAUGUUGAAUACGAAGUACUUAGAUCUACCAAAAAGAUAUUCAAUGUUAGAUGCACUCAGAAGGGUUGUCCAUGGCAAGUCAGAUCAAGACUGGCCAAGCGUCUUCAAAGAUUUAAAAUCAAGUAUUACGGCGGCGAUCAUACUUGCAGUAUUUCCACAUCAGUUGGUGAUCACAAGCAAUGUGAUACUAAAUUUAUCUCCAAGUGUAUAUUGCCAUUAAUGAAGCGCAAAUCAACAGUAACUCCUGCUGAGAUCAUAGUAUGGAUGGAAAAUGAGUAUAAUAUAAAGAUCAGCUAUUCAAAGGCAUGGUUAGGAUUGAACAAAGCUUUAAAGAAGAUUCAUGGCUCAUGGGAUGAUUCAUAUACCAUGCUGCAAGAGUAUCUGAAUGCCAUCCAGGAAGCCAACCCAGGAACCGUGAUACAAUUACUAACGAACGAAAAGGGGGAGGUUAGGGAGUUUCACCGUUUGUUCUGGUCGUUUAAUGCGUGCAUAGAGGGCUUUCGACACCUACGACCAUUGAUCACCAUCGACAGCGCAGAACUACAUGGUAAAUACUCUGGAAGUCUUUUGGUUGCAACCGGCGUUGACGGUAAUGACAGUCUCUUCCCUCUCGCAUUCGCUGUUGCCGAGUCCGAAACCGAGGAAACCUGGACUUGGUUCUUGGGAUGCAUUAGAAGCUCUGUAACAGAUAGGGAUGAUAUUACCAUCAUUUCUGACAGAGGGAGAGGGCUGGUGGAAGCUGUAAAGGCUGCAUACCCAUCCAGAUUAUCAAGCCACAGAUAUUGCAUGAGGCAGCUUUCAUGCAGCCUUAGAAAGGAAUUCAAAGAUGAGACACUGGUGAAUCUCUUCUGGGAGGCUGCGAAGAAAACCGAGGCUUGCGAAUAUGAUGAGACCAUGAAGAUACUCGGCGACCGGAAUCCAAGUGCAAGAGCUUGGCUGGAAAAAGUUGUUGCAGAGAACUGGUCAUUUGCACACGAUGGAGGAAAACGCUUAGGAAUUAUGACUACCAACAUUGUUGAAACUUGUGAUAGUCUUCUUAAAGGAGUAAGAGGGCUUCCUAUAAAGGUACUUGUUGGAAAGACUUUGUCCCGUUUAAGCAAGAUUUUCAGUAAACGCCAUGAAGAAGGAUCCAGAAUGCUGGGUAUGAUGACUUGCAGUGUUGAAUCACAACUGAAUGAAAUUGUGAACUUGGCUGUGCAACAUAUGGUGGAGCCAUAUUCAGCCACAAUCUUCAAGGUAUAUAGAGUAAAUCAUCGAGUACAUACUGUAAACACAGAGGGCUACAGUUGUACAUGCAACAGGUUCUUGAUUUCCUGCAUUCCCUGCGCGCAUAUCGUCGCGGUUUGCAUGAGCUUGCAGAUUUCAUAUUACAAUCUGUGUGCAGAGUACUUCACCUCCAAUGGCUAUAGAGAGACGUAUAAGGUGAAGCUGAAUGGUGUUGGAGAGGAGACUGGUUGUCUUUCUGUGGAAGGAGGGACGCCCAUUACACCACCAGCAAUGGCAAGGAAGCGAGGGAGACCAGCUUCUGUGCGGAUAAAUAAGGGCUUGCCGCCUGCAACCUAUCGCUGCAGUAAGUGUAAGCAGGAUGGGCAUAAUUUUAGAACUUGCAAGUCUCAGCCUGUCAGUGAAAUUCAGAUUGAGAACAGAAGUUGUUCACAAAAUGGUAUUGAUGAACGUGUAACUGAUUCAAGAGAGAAGCUUCAGAGUAGGCCAUUUUGAUUUUGUGAAAGCAGAUUGUUGGCGGUCAUCUGCUUACCCAAAAGCUGUUGUUAAGAACUUUUUUUUUUUUUUGAAGAACUUUCAAUGGUUUUUUCUUGAGGUGGAAUUUUAUGUUGUGAAAUGGGGAUCUGUUCUUGUUGAUCGCCAUUUAUUAAUGUUUUCUUCUGCUUACCA